AUGGAGCAGGUCAUGGACAAGGAGACCUAUAAGGCUUUAUCGUGCGCGACAGAAACGAUUUGCAAGGAGUGUUUUGCCCACAAUGGAAUGCUGCCCAAGGAGGAGUACGAGUACGCUUCAUUCCGGUGUGCCUUUUGCAGUGCACUGAACCAGGCAAGGAAGGAGCGACCUGUGGCACCUCGCCUCUCGCUGGAGGCCCCGACACCGACUAAGCGCAACGAAAGCUCCGAGAGUGAAUCAUAUGAUGACGAGUCAGAGAAACAGGCACCAGUUCGAAGAGUCCUGCUGCAGGAAGUGCCAUCCCGCAUGCUGGAUCAUCUCACCAAAAAGGAUUUGCGCCAUUCAGGAGAUGGUCUCCCACAAACCUCACGGACCACAUUGGCAUUUGGUAAGAUUUGA